AUGCAGAUGAUCCUUGACCCAGUGGGCUUUGAGAAUUCCACUUGCGUUUUGUCCCCUGAAGCAGUGGAAGGGCCUUACUACAUCAACAACGAGAUGAUCCGAACCAACCUUACUGAAGACCAGCUUGGUAUUCCUAUGACUCUUGACAUAGCAGUUAUCGAUGUCACAACAUGUAAACCAAUGGAGAACAUUAUUGUUGAAAUUUGGGCUGGACAUAGUGGGCCGGGAGGUCCAGGAGGUCCCCCUGCUCAACCAUUAUCCCGGAACGAAACAUUUCUUCGCAGUGGAGCUCCUACUUCAGCAGAUGGACUUGUCGAGCUCGUCACAAUCUAUCCCGGUUUCUAUGCUGGCCGGACAGCUCAUAUCCACACUAUGAUCCAUAUGAACUGGGAGAGAUCCGAAAAUGGAACCUUCGUUUCAACCUCUGGAAAUCUUCUUCAUAUGGAAUGCGAGGUCUACGCGACAUCGCCUUACACUGAGAAUACCAACAAGCGGACAUACAACGAUCAAGAUGGGCAGAUGAACGACUCGGAGGAUCCUAAUGGGAACAGCGCUAUAGUUGACAUCUCUUUUGCUGGAGAAGACCUCACCAAAGGAUUGGUUGGGCUCAUCACUGUCGGUGUGGACCCCCAUGCUUCAUAUCAUAUCACAAACAAAAAUUACUUGAAUUCAACCAGUUCCUCUGAAUGA